CUCUCAACGGUGCAGCGCCUGGCCAUCAUGCGGGACCUCCGCUCGUCGGUCCACGACGCCGUGGGGGAGCUGUACGCGCGGGAGCAGGAGCAGCGCCGCCGCCGCUCCUCGCGCUGGGCGCUGCGCGACGCGGAGGGCGAGACGGCUGCGCGGACGGCGUCGCUCGCGAUGAGCGUGUACUCUGCACAGUGGGAGUUUAUGCACCACCAGGCCGGCGCGCUCGAGCACCCGUUCCAGCUGCGCGCGGGCCCGGAGUGGGCGGCGUGGCGCGAGCAGGAGCGGGAGCGCGCGGCGCGCGCCGCGCGGCGCGACGAGGCGCACGCGAAGCUCGCCCGGGCGGCGGGCGGCGGCGCGGGCGCGGGCGUGCUGACGCCCUUGCUGGCGGCCGGGGCCGACCCACAGGCGGGCGACGGCGCGGGCGAUGGCACGGGCAACGGCGCAGACGGCGAAGCGGCUGUCGAAGGCCUCGUCAGCACCGCAAACGCACACACCACCAAUGGCCACAGCGCUGCGGACCUGUCCGAACUCGUGGUGGCGCCGGCGGCAGCGGCGCCUGGCAGCGCAGCUGAAGGGUUAGAUGAGAUUGAGUAUGAUGUUGAGGCGCCACCAGCGGCCGCAUGCACGCAGCAGCUGCAGCAGCAGCAGCAGCAGCAGCAGCAGCAGCAGCAGCAGCAGCAGCAGCAGCAGCAGCAGCAACAACAUCAGCAGCAUCCCUCAGCCCCACCCGCCAGCCCCAACGCUCCCAGCAACGGCGGCGCGUGGGGACCUGCGGUAGCAAAGUCAGCGGCCAACGGCCACAGCGCCUCGGCGGACGAGGCCGCCGUUGCGGAUCAAGGUGCAGACGCCAGGCUUGAGGGGCAGGUUGUGGCGGCGCCGCACCCCACGGCUGCGUAA